AUGAUGGAAUACGGAAGAACGCGCAAAGGGCCGCUGCCUGGAGGUCGCCAGGGCGCGUCUGGAGCUGGCGCUGGACGCGGCAGCAUGCGAACCGCCAGCCGAGCGCGAGGUGCUGCACGACCACCCAGCAGCCCCUCGCAUCCAUCAUCCCCACCAGCUGGCUUGGUGUCGGCAGGGUCUUCGCGGGCCCAGCAAUCGGCACCCGCCUCUGGUGGAGUACGCCGCAUGCGUUGGACAACCCAGAUGAACAGCAACGCAUUGCGGGCGUAUUUUGGGGCGAAAGGGGGAGAAACUGGAUGUUUGGCGUAUCGGGCUAGGAUGCAUCGUCUUUUUGCUGAGCUGGAGCCGUCUUUAACCGUCACAGAGCAAAACCUGGCAGACCGAGUUCGGUAUAUCUUGAGCUCAAAUAUAUUUGAUGUCGCCGAACUCGAACGGCUACGACGUGAGGCUGUUCCCUCAUCGGAUGAGAAUGCUACGGCUGAGGAUGCGGCGCCACAAAUGGUAGAGCAACCCGCAAACGUGGAUGCCGCCGUGAAUACCCCAGUUGUGGUUGAUUCAAACGAUGAUGGAACAGUCGCCCAGGAACUGGAAUUAGAGCAUAUGAGGAGUACAUUGGAAGAGGCGAUUGUGGAAACGCGCAGUACGCCUCUCGAAAAUCGACCGCGACUUCCCCGCAUAGCCCUAAGCAAGCGGAAUCGGGCUGUCGUGAGGGCUCUGCACCCAAUGCUGGUGACCUAUUUGGAAGCCAGCCGGGACCUUUGCGAGACGGACUCAAUUCUUUUUGGCGCCGCGCUGGCAGUCUGCCGUAUCAUAGGCGCCAAGGUUUCCACGGCUGGACGCGCUACUGGCCAUAGUAGCGCUAUCCCAGCAUGGAGAAGAAGAAUUGAGGAACGUAUCGCAAGGGCUAGAGCUCUCAUCGGCAGACUGAUAUGCUUCAGAUCAGGCAACAACAGGCCAAGAAUUGUGCGCACCGUCAGGAUGGCGUUUGCUGGGACAAAUGUCAGUUUGUCCCAGCCGGAUAUAACGCAUACGGCCAUAGAUGAUCUGAAGCAGAGAAUCGCUGCUUGGGGAAAACGGAUUCGGCGAUAUACCGAGAGGUCGACACGGUUCAACCAGAAUCGUCUCUUCCAGAGUGAUCAGAAGAGGCUCUAUGAAUCAUUGGAGCGACCAAUGGUAAGUGGAACGGGUCCAGCACCGAAUCAGGCCGACACUGUAGCAUUCUGGCGCGGCCUGUGGUCAGAGCCCGUAAACCACAGCGAGGGCCCUUGGACGGAAGUUGUGGCGAGUCAGUGUGCGGGUAUUACGCCCAUGGACCCCGUCAUCAUAACGCCGGAUGACGUAGCUGAGGCGGUCCGUAGGGCCCCGAACUGGAAAAGUCCGGGGCUUGACGGGCUGCAUCACUACUGGCUGAAGGGGUUCAUGCAAGCGGCACCCGCCGCUGGUGGAGCACGUCGCAUGCGUUGGACAAAAUCCAUGAACGAAAACGCAUUGCGGGCGUACUAUAGGGCGAAAGGGGAAGAAACUGUGGGAAUAGCGUAUAGGUCUCGGAUGCAUUGCUUUUUUGCUGAGCUGGAGCCGUCUAUCCCCGUCACGGAACAAAACCUGGCAGACCGAGUUCGGUACAUCAUGCGCUCGAAAAUAUUUGAUGAUGCCGACCUCGAACGACUACGACGUGAGGCUAUUCCGUCGUCGAAUGAAUCGUCUAUGGCUGGAGAUGCAGCUCCACAUUCGACAGACCAGCAUCCACACGUGGAAGCCGCCAUGGAUCUUCCAGUUGUGGUUGAUUCGAACGACGAUGAAAUAGUCUCCCACGAACUAGAGCAAAUGAGGAGUAUAUUGGAAGAGGCGAUUUUGGAAACGCGCAGCACCCCUCUCGAAAAUCGACCGCGACUUCCCCCGCAUACCCUUAAGCAAGCGAAAUCGGGCUGUCGUGAGGGCUCUUAA